UUUUAUCUGUGUUAUCUUUAUAGACGACUGUCUGUCAUGGUGUGUAAAGGUUGAUUUUGUUUUUGUAAAAUUUUCCCAUUUUUCCAGUUUAUUAACUACUCAGGAAGUAAACAUGAACAGAAUAAUCCUGAAUCGCUGUCGGUGCUUGAGGAAAUCAACCUUACUAUGGGAGACCAAGCAGUAUCAAAAUUUUCCAUACAUAACUCUAUCAAGGUCGCUAUCCUACUACACAACCCAACCUGUUGGACUACGACAUGAUGUCACUCAGAAGGCCCUUAAUCAAAAUAUAUAUUACCGGUCACCUCACCUCAGAUUUAUCACAACAACGAGUUGUUAUUAUGACAAGGAACCAUUGAAACCAUCCUCCAAAGUAGAAGCAACUGUUGAAACAAUAAAAAAAGGCUUAGAGGAAAAAGAAAAACAGCCACAACCUGUGCCUCCCAAGAAAAGCCUAAAAGAGAGAAUCAUGGCAGAAUUGAGACACUACUAUCACGGCUUUAAACUGCUUUUCCUUGAAAUCAGAAUAUCAAUUACACUUCUGUUCAAAAUUUUAAGAGGAAACUCAUUAACACGAAGGGAACACAGGCUUCUAGUCACCACAAUCGGUGACUUGUUUAGAAUGGUACCAUUUAUUGUUUUCAUUGCAGUGCCAUUCUUGGAAUUUACUCUGCCAUUCUUUAUUAGAAUGUUUCCCAAUAUGUUGCCAUCUACUUUUGAGAGUAGAGAUCAGAAGGAUGCUAAACUAAAGCAACAUUUAAAAGUGAAACUGGAAAUGGCAAAGUUCUUCCAAGAGACCCUGGACCAAAUGGCUCCACAGGCUAGGAACAGACAUUCCCAGCUGGCAAAGGAGUUUACCAACUUCUUCCACAGAAUCAGGACAUCAGGUGAUGUUGCUACUAGUGAAGAGAUAAUGAAAUUCUCCAAAUUGUUUGAAGAUGAAAUCACUUUAGACUCUCUACAGAGGCCCCACUUGAUUGCAUUGUGUAAAGUGUUAAAUGUAGCCACUAUUGGCACGAGUGCAAUGCUGCGGUGGAAUUUGAAAAUGAAGCUGCGGUCUUUAGCUGCCGAUGAUAAGAUGAUAGCUAAAGAGGGUGUAAAUAGUUUGAACUUUGGUGAGUUACAGCAGGCUUGUAAGACUAGGGGUAUGAGGGCUUAUGGUGUGUCAGAGGAGCGUUUGAGGAAGGAGUUGAGGAACUGGCUGGAUUUGUCAUUAAACGAGAAGGUUCCGCCGUCGCUGUUGCUGCUGUCGCGCGCGCUCAUGGUGCCCGACCACGUGCCAACCACAUACAAGCUGAAAGCAACCAUCUCUGCUCUCCCAGAACAAGUUGCCACGCAGACUAAGGCUGCCAUUGGUGAAAAAGAAGGCAAACUUGACUUCAAGGCCAAAGUGGAAGCCAUUAAGUUGGAAGAACAAAUCAUUAAGGAAGAGAAGAAAGAGAUGCAAGAAGCAGAGAGAGAGAAGCAGCUUCUCGAGGCCAAGAAGAGAGAAAAGGAGUUGCUUGAAGACAAGGCAACGGUCCUUGAUGUAGAGAAACAAAUGGCUAUGGUUGAUACGGCACCAAUUAUUGAAGUUGACACACCACAACCUAAAGCUAAGAGUCAAGAAGAAAAAGGUCUUUCAGGAAAGGAUAUUGAAGUCAUCGAAGAUGCUUUAGAGAGAUUGGCGGAACAAAAGAAGUCCUUGCUGCUUGAGAAGGAGAGCAUCCAGGAGUUGAAGGCGGAGCUGUCGGAGUACAGCGAGGACGUGAAGGAGAUGCAGGAGAUCGUCAAGACCAAGCAAGCCGACAUCAAGCUUACUAAGGGCGCUCGCAGAUUGUAUCGCGCCGUGAACAACAUGAUAAGCAAGCUUGACGCCGCACUAGUGGAACUAGAAAGCAAAGAGAAGGCUUUAAUAUCUACCUUAGAACAGACAAAAACUGAGCCGGAGAAGGCUAAGGAACAACUCAUCCAAAUUGACGAACUCAUGCAUUCCAUUAAGAGUCUACAGAAGGUUCCUGACGAAGCGAAACUGAAGCUGAUUCAGGACGUGCUGGGCAGACUUGACGACGAUUUCGACGGACAACUGAAGGUGGACGAUGUUCUGAAGAUGCUGGAAGUGAUUGGCAACGAGCAUGUGCACCUAUCAGAGAAGCAGAUGGCAGAACUGAUAGAGCUGCUGGACAAAGAGGAGAUCUUGGAGGUUGAGAGCAAGAUACAGAAGGCGCUGGACAAGGCGGCCACCGCGGCCAAGGAGCAGGACAAGCCUGAUACUGAGGGGAAGAGUUUAUUCGACAUCAUCCGAGAAGCGCAGCGGCGGCGGGAAAUGAAGAAGGCGGUAGAAAAGUUUGGCGAUCAGCCCCCUAUGCCAAAGAGCACUGAAGACAUAGUCCCCAAGACCAAGCCAGAGGACAGCAGUAAACGGCCAGAGAGCCACUGAACAUCACAACUAUAGCCAAGGUGUAAAUAUGUCAUGUUAGGGAACUGCUCGAGCCUCGAUACUGGUUUGUCACACGCAAAUUGGCAUAGAUGGCAGUGUAAAGUACUUCAUUAUAACGACAACUACGCAUAUAAAAGUAGUUACGUGUUAACCGUGACAAUAAGCAUUUUUGUAAAGAAAUAAUCAAUUACACAUAGUGUACAUAACUCUUGAUUUUUCACCCGUACAAAGUUAUAUACUAAUUGUUGGUCUGUUAUUUGUUUCUGAUUCUUUUUGUUUAUUGAGAUUUUUAUUGUUUCAUGCAUUUCUGUGAUUGCUGUUCAGUUAUAAGGAUUUUUGUUUUGUAUGUUUGGUUUACACGAAUGUGCGAGGGUGGUUUUUAAAUCGGCAGAGCCAAAAUGAUAAGUGGUAUUUAUGAAAUUUUGAAGCUUUUAUUUAUUCAAUAUCUCGUGAAGGUACGAGUGCCAUCCUAGCACAUUAUUGUAAUUAGGAACUUGCACAAACUAGCAGGCUACUGGUGCGUCUGUCCGAGAUCGAUUCAUUAUGGGUUACGGUUACUGAUAUAAGUAUUAAUGUAACAUAUUAUAUUGCAUGUUUAUGAGACCUGCUGUAUAUAUUCUAAUAACAAAUGAUAUGGUUUCUAACGCCUCCGGUAUACAGGUCGCACAUCUAAUGCAAACUUUGACCGCAUACUUAUUAUUUAAGAUAAAUUGGCCAGUUUAAAAUCGUUAUAUUGAACCAGUAUGGUGUAUCUGUUACUUCUAUUCUUAAAUUUUCAAUUCGUGUAUGUUAAGAGGUAUUUAUGUAAUAUUUUUUCAUGAAAAGUAAGGUACCGACUGAUCGUAUAUUAAGUACAUACCGAAGUUUUGCCAAUCAACUGUAUAGCUGCAUUAGGUGUGCUGAGAUAUGAAUAAUAUACAAAAAUAAAGAAAAAGACCGUAAGACGUA